UGUUGUCAGUUUUGUUGGUAGCCCGUCAGGCAGAUCGCUGGUGUUCAGGUCGGAUCGUUUAAUUUCAUUGCCUUCAUGUCAGCCCAUAAGUUCUGAAGGUGAAAGAGAAAGAGCUGUCAAAUUCUUGAUACAGUAGUUUGAUGUCGAAGAAGAAAUCGUAUUGGCAGUUGAUGGAUUUGGAGGUUGCUCAGAGAAAUGCUCAGCAGGAUAAUCAGGUUCACCGCCACACAGUCCAACAGGCAUUUGGAGAAAAGAUACCUGUUUUGAUUUCAAAACCAAAGUCGUCAACUACACCAUUUGGGAAGAUGGACAAAGACGGGAACAUGUGGCCAAUUGACCCGAAACACCAAACAGGUGACGCUAAUGUCAGUGGCGGCGAUCUGGGACCUUCUUCCUCCACUAACGGCACUAGGAACGGCAGCGAUAAUUUAGUAAGAAUUGAUGCAGUUGGGGAGUCGAACGCGAAGAAAAACGGUGACGAGAAAAGCAACAAAAAGCCUGCACCUGUUGAAAGAAGCAGAGAGAAGCGCCGCAGUCUCAGCGUACCGUCCGAAGCCGGGGAGUCACGAUCAGGUCAGAGUGGCAGCAGUAUAGGCUCCUCGGCCUCCGCGGCUAUAGACAAAAAUAACAGGUACGGAAAUUUCCAGACUCGUCGGCGAGAGCCUAGGCGUAAUAGUUUCUCCGCUUCCAGGCGUCGCCAUGGUGACGGGUGGCCUCACGGGAGGUACAACAAUGGUCGUGACGUCAUGGAUCCAUGGGAUCAAAGGCGAGAAUCUACCCCGAGAACACCACCACCUUUUAACAGUUUCCCAACACCGCAGGCUUUCAGGGAGUGGCAUGGGUCAACUGGCCGGAACAUGCCGCUAAUGGACCGCCCAGAAUGGUAUCCACCUCACCACGCAUCGCGACGUACUCAUCAGCUCAUGCAUCGUCCCAGAGAAAGAAGGAACGGCGUGGCAGAAUUUGACCUUGGACAUCGAGGGGAUGGUUUUGACCCAGGUUGGAAUCCAGCAUACGCUCGUCAUCAAAAUGCGUUUGGCUAUCCUAACUUAGGAUACGAGGAUUACCUCAGAAAUCCAGUCGUUGGUUCUGGUUGGGAGAACCCUAGGGAGUAUUUUGGACUCGACGAUCCGCAGAACCGAAAUCGGUACCAAAAUCGGAGUCGGCAGGACCGUUUCCAGAAGACAAAUUCUUACAGGUCUUCAAGCAUUCCCGAACUUUCUCUGAACAGGAGUGCAGCGGUGAACUGUUAUCAACCUGGACCUGCCUAUGAUGUCUGCGCCGAAGGAAAUAUUAACGGUCUAACCCAACAGAUGAACCGUAUUACCGUCUUUGAGCCUAGAUCAAGGCCUCAGUCUUAUGAUGCACGCUUAUCUAAAAAACUUCCCAAUGUCUUUGACCAAAGGCUGAUAAAAACAGCGUCUCAGCCACCAUCUGCACCGACUCCCGUUCGUCGACGAGAAUCAGAUACGGGCUCAAAAGUAAGGAACCACGCCCUUGAAACAAAUAGGUCAGCUGGUAACUAUUCUUACGGCACACGCACAGACUCAAAUACGAAUUUAAUCCAAAGAACACCAAGGAAUGGACAUUCCCAUCCCAACAAUAUACGUGUUGUUUCCGUUCCUCACCCAAGAAAUAAUUUAGAAAAAAACACAAAUCAUCGUGAAAACCAGGAGUACAAUAAGACAAGAAAUGGCUGUAUUCAGCCAAAAUCUCGAUCAAGAGCCCACAAAGCCCAUCUGGAGUAUGAUACAGUAUUCAACCAUGCGCCUUUGGUUCAAACUGAUCAGGCGCCAAAUGAAACACCAAGCGACCGUGAGUCUUCAACUCGGAGAGCUCAUCGUCUCAAUGGUUUAUUGUCGGAGGUUCAAGAAGAACUGGUCAUGGCGGAAAUCCUCAACUUGCCGUUCAAACGAGGGCCACGUGUACAGAAUGGAACACCAAAUUCUUCGAAGCUAAACCCUCAAGCGUCUGAAUUUCGACCAAACAGUAUACAAGACGGUCGUUUAUGUCAGGUUCCUUUGGAGCAAAACUCUACUUAUGACCCUGAAACAUCUAGAAAUGUAUGGCCAUCUACCAACAAAGAUCGGUCUGACAAAAAUAACAAUUACAUAAUACCUAUAGAAUCGAACGAAUCAGAGUCGGUGUAUGAUAGUUGUAACUCCUAUGAAAAACAAAUAGAAAACCAAACAAAGCCAAAGGUGAGGGAUUCUUCUCAAAUAUCAAAUGUACACGUUGAAAAUACCCAUCAAAAUUCGCAAUUUCCUGUAGCAAACGGCGAGUUCAGUCAUUAUCAACCAGUAACUGUUUACAAUCAGAAUUUGGCUCAAGCCAAUGGGCAGGUAGUAGCAUCAGCUCCUGUGAUUACCGCAGCAACUCAGGCUGGGGCAGUUUUCAUGCCCAGUUCAACCCCAGCCGCUCACCUCAUAGAACCACAAACGCCACAAGUAAACUUCCAGUCUUCAGCAAACUUCGCACAGACCCCACAGGUUGUCGAUUAUCAACAAAUGUCUGUGUAUAAUCCUCCUAACUGCCAUGCUGAGUUCCAAACACCAGCAGCAUCGCAUUACGUCCAAGCUCCUAUGCCUCAAGGCUUUCCACAGCCGGGGGUGAUUGCUACCCCAGCCUAUCACGAGCAAAGUCAUUUCAGGUUCCCUGAGAACUAUCAAAACCACGAGCAGCAAGGAGCCAGCCAAGAGAUGCCCCCGAAUGCUAUAUUCCUCAACACGCCAGUCAUAGCCACGCCCGUGGGCCUUUACAACGGCAACCAUUUCACGUAUCAGGUUGCAAGCGUGCCUGCUCAACCAGUGGUCAAUCGACCUGACUUGCCACUUCGCACGACCCAAACUGAACCAAGAACCUUUGAUUCACCCCACCACCAGGCCUUUUUCCAGCACGCACCAGUUUUUAAUUUCCAGGCGUACUGCAUGACUGUUGAAAACGACCAGCCAUUCCGCUACCCAGGGACAAAUGUUCCGACGAUUGAAGAGCUGAAAAACCCAACAAAAAACAAGUCUUGUGGCGAAAAGAAGACGUCGUUGAUGGAUAGAGUCGGCAAUACGAUCAAAGAAGUUCAAGCGAGUCUGAAAACGAGCAAAACUCGACGUCGUGAAGGUCAGGAGAGCUGGGAGGAAAUUUUGGAGAAACUGAUUAAACUGCCUCCCAAUUUCCGCGAGCCAAGUGACAUGGCGGAAUACAGGCAGCUGCGGAAACUGAGUGAAGUUAUAUCUACCUAUAUUAAGGAGAUCAAAAAGGAUUCUCCCGGAAGUUUGUCCGAAUCCGAAAUCUUCCAAGAAGUUCUGGACUUAUCAUGGCCCAUUGCGAGUAUGAAUCUGGACAUGGUUUCUGGGAAAAUGAGUAACUCUUUGCCUGAAAUCGUACCAGAUACAGAUGCCGCAGUAAAGAAUGGAAAAUCUCGCACUGCAAGAAUGAACCGAUCAAGGCAAUGUCUCCAAAAGGCAUGGAAUGAGCUAGCGAUGACAAUUUCUAGGAAAUGCGCCAUUCAAAUUAAACGGGAUGGGGAACUAACCCCAAUUAUGCAAACACAGCUGCCUUUCGAGAUGAGCACCAGGUCUGAGCACUCAUUAUCAGACGAGCUCCCGCAGUGCGAUCAAGUUCAUCCGAAUGCAUCGUCCACACCCAGCCAAGGAGACGGUGAACACUUUACUUUUGGAGAUGGCAGCUUGACUACGAGGCCACGGCCUGUUUCCCUUGCCUAUUCCCCUGCUGUGUCUCAAGAUGGACACUUUUUGCCGCAGGCUCAUGGCGUCAUGCUACAUAGUGCAAUGUCUGGAACCGUGAGCGAACAGAACGAACAUUCUGAUAACAGGCGCGAUUCUCUGGGCGGGGUGAAUGUGGGGACCCGCAUCUCCUACUUUGAAAGCAACGCGAAAGGUGAAGAGGCAGCGCAACGUCAGACCAAGGGCAAGAAAUAAAGACGGGCACCCAGAAGACAUUUUAACGCUUUAAAAAUACUCUUAAAUAUAUAUUUUUAAAAAAACCUCUUAAAUAUUUUUAUACUAACGUUUUUUUAUAUUGUACAUAACAUAUUCACAGCCUCUCGUAGCAUUUACAUUUUAGCUACUGCAGGUGCAGAUGUGAGGGCAGUUAACUAAGCAAUGAGUUUUAUUUCUUAAUAUACUUCUUCUACAUAACAUCUUUUAUGUAUUUUAACAAGACAGUUUACAAAUAAAGCACAGAAAUAUAAUU